CAGUAGCGAGAAGAGGAGGAGUUUAUCUCCUUUCUUUUGCCUCAGUACAAUCUGUAUCUGCAGGGGCUGAGAAUAUGACAACUUAAUUGGAUGUCUGUCCCCCCGCCUCAGGCGCAGUUUUUUCUUUUCUUUUACACGCUCAGCUUUCUGUGCCGCCCUGCCACACCUGCCUGCCAAAAGCUGGGGCUCUGAUGGGCGCGGCUCGGACCGGAGCCCAAAUCUGUGUUUUGACUCGCCUGGGAAAGUUGAGCGAAAAGGCACAAAAGAAGCGAGGACUUCGCGGGGGGAACAUCUCCGCACGCUCUCUGCGCGCCAGCUCCAGUCUGACGCAUUGUUCUUCCACAGGAUAAGUCGCCGCGUCCUCAGGGGAGGCUGACUGCUAUAAGGAGAUCGCUUGAAGAUAAGAUGGGAUGGACGAGUUAACAAGGCAGAUGGAGAUCUCGGGAGAAAAGGUUUUGACAGAAACCGUAACCUCCACGACCAGACUGACUUCUCUCCCACCGAAGGGAACCAGUGGAUCAAAUCACAGGAAUAUGUCCAGCGGUGCCGGAGGGCUGGGCUUCGAGAAGAAUGUCUUAACGCAGAACAGCGGUGGAACCUACUUCUCUUCAUCCUCCAUAGGUGUGACCAGCAACUACAGCUCCUCCUCGGGGAUCUACCUCGGAGGAGACUCCUCGGGAGGAGGCGAGGGAGGUGGGAGCUACGUAGAAGGAGAGGGCUAUGGGAGCGCAGGAGGCGGAAGAGGAGGAGGCAGUGGAAGCAGUUAUCUGGUGACCUCCGUGUCAAAGGCCCGGUCCAGCUCGUCAGGCGGUACCAGGCGAGCUCAGACUGCUGGGUCAUCAGCGGGACUGUCGCCAGGUUUCCGGGAGAGGAAGACCAUAUCCAGCCGCUCGGGAGGCUACGACGGGAGUUCCAGCGGUAACUCCUCCCCAGAAUUUCCACGCAAAGACUAUGGGAACUACUGCUCCAGUGCUACCAGAGGGAGGAGCGAAAGCAGAGAGAGUGAGAUCAGAGCCAGAUUACAAAGUGCCUCCCCAUCUGCCGGAAGAUGGGCCGAGCUGGAAGACGUGAAGAAGCUGCUGAAGGGACGCUCCAGCAGCGUCAGUCCCACCCGCUCCUCCAGCGCCUCCAUCACCCUGCCAGUGCCUAAAAAGGCCGGCGUGGAGACCAAGACCGUCUCAGUGGCCACGCAGUCGGCUACAACUCUGUUUGAACCCGUUCAAACAAACGGCUUCCACACCAUCGACGUGUCCGGCCUCUACGACAGCAGACUGACAUCCAGGCAGCGUGACACCGGCGUCCAAACAGGCCAGCCUGUUGUCACAGUAAAGUCCUGCCACUGUGACACUGGAGUCAAAUCCAGCCUGUAUGACGUUAGCCUGAGUGCCGGUCAGUACGACACCGGGCUGAAGUCAAGCCAGUACGAUGUCUGCCUGGGUUCAGGUCAGUACGAUACCGGUCUGAGGUCAGGCCGAUACGAUAUGAGCCUGAAAUCAGGGCAAUAUGAUACUGGCUUUAAGUCCGGCCAGUACGGCACCAGCGGGCGAUCGGGCCAGUACGACACCCUGGAUUCAGCCUUUCCUACGUUCACUUGGUCCACCUCCACGCUGCCCCCCUCCUCCACCACCACCGUCAUGGCUGGGAACAGCAGCAGCUACACCUACCAGCAGGGCCAGGUCGGCACCAAUAACAUGUCAGGAGGCUCCCCGCCGCUCAGCCCGGUCCCACAGCAAUCUCUUUCAGUUUACGGCUUUCAGAAUAACCUGGCUCCCACCUCUGUCGGUGUGCUGUCCACCAGCGGCACCGCCAACCUGGGAGGGUAUGGCCCUCAGAAGAACGUGUCCAACGGCGGCGCUGCCAUUAGCUCAGGGGUCUCUACAGCCACAAGGUCCCAAACUGACGAUGUCUAUAAGAGAGACUAUAAAUAUAUGGUUUCUGAAAAGGAGAACGCUCCAGCCAGGAGGGAAGGAGAAAAGCUCAUUUUGGCAAAAGACAGCGGCAAGCAGUUUACCACCACCACCAGCAGCACUCAUGUAGGAGGAGGUUCACUGUCAGGAGACUCAAUGAAGAAGGAGAAGCUUAUUUCCAGCUACAUUGAUUCGGGCACUCUGAAAACAGAGACAGGCAACUCGUACUACGGAUCAUCUGGAGUCCUGAUGAAAGACAAGGCAACCUAUGCAGAGAUCCACAGGGACAGCGGCGUCUUUGGAGGAGGUGGAUUCUGCUGCUGCUCCGACUCCUGCUGCUCCUGGUGGAAGUGGCUGCUGGGUUUGCUCCUCCUCUCCCUGCUCCUGCUCGGGCUCCUGUUUGGCCUCAUUGCACUGGCCGAGGACAUAAGGAAGCUCAAGAAACGAGUGUACACUCUGGAGAAUGAGGCCGCGGUCUUCGGGGCUCGCACCGGGUGGAAGCCGGGUUCCUCCAAUGACAUCAACACCUAUGUGACUGGCGCAGGUGGAGGCGCAGGUGGAGGCACAGGUGGAGGCACCGGCACCGACAACACGCUCCUCCUGGGUGUCGGAGGAGGAGGUGGCUCGGACUCCAAAACACAAAUCACGAUUGCUGGUGCUGGUACUGGUACUGGUACUGGUGGUGGUGGUGGUGGUCGAAACGAUGUCGACAUUGGUAUUGUGGGUAUCGGUGGUGCAGGAGGUGCUGCAGGAGCUGGAACCAGCUCCAGUGGCAGCGCUGGUACUCGUUUCAGUGGAAGCUCUGGUAGCACCUCCAACGGGAGCAGCGGAGGGACUGGUACCGGUUUCAGCAGUGGCACCAGCUUUGGGACUGGAGCGAGUGGAAGAUACAUAGAGAACUCCUUGCUUCAGACGACCAUCCAUCAAAUGUUAAUGAGUGAGAUGAAGUCGCAGGCAUUCAGAGCUGUUCUGGCGUCCUCAGUGCAGGGGGAGAGAGGAUUACCUGGACCUAAAGGGGAUCCUGGAUUGAAAGGAGAACCUGGUUUCCCAGGGAUUCCAGGUGUGCCAGGUCCGAUAGGACACACCGGUCCUGAGGGUCCCAAAGGACAGAAAGGAAGUCAAGGUGAACAUGGAACGGAAGGACAACCGGGUAUCAGAGGCCGCGAAGGACCGACUGGGCCUAGAGGCGACCCGGGACCUCCAGGCUUUGGACUGAAAGGGGAUAAAGGGGCUCAAGGUGAACCUGGAUCUGUUGGACCUGCUGGUCCCCCUGGCCCAAAAGGUCCGCAGGGAAUCCAAGGGUUAAAUGGACCACCUGGUCAGCAAGGUCCUCAGGGCUUCCGUGGUGAGGCGGGACUGCCUGGACCAAAAGGCGAUAGAGGGCUUGCUGGAUUUCAAGGACUCAAAGGUGAAGCUGGUGAAAGAGGAGUCAGGGGUCUUCAAGGUGAACGCGGUUUACCAGGUCUCCAAGGGCCACCGGGAGAGAAAGGCUCCAAAGGAUCUAUGGGAUCUUCCGGACAAGAUGGUGAAAAAGGAUCCAGAGGUGACCAAGGACCUCAGGGACCUCCUGGCAUCAGGGGACCUGCUGGGCCUCCUGGAGAUGCUGGACUUCCAGGAACACCAGGGCUUCAAGGACCACCAGGAAUUCCAGGAAAUCCUGGUCAACCCGGAGCCAAAGGUGAACCCGGCCAGGCAGGACGAAUCAUCAAUGCAGCUGGCUCUGCUGCUGUUGGCAUCCCAGGUCCACCUGGACCUGCUGGGCCCCCUGGCCCUGCAGGUCCGCCAGGAUUAUCAGGUCCCAUUGGCCCCGCCGGUCUGCCUGGCCCCCCUGGUCCUAAAGGUGACAGAGGAUAUAAAGGAGAGCAGGGAGAGUCUGGAUUAACAGUGAGAACCAGUGAGACUAUCAGCUCGUCUAUAGCGGACAGGCAGUACGGUGCUGGAGGAAGCGCAGCCCUGCGGGGCCUACCUGGCCCACCGGGUCCUCCUGGGCCUCCUGGACGACCAGGUGACUCCAGACAAGGACCUCCUGGACCACCGGGGCCUGCAGGUUAUGGCAGACCAGGACCUAAAGGAGAGAAGGGAGAUGCGGGCUUUGCCUCAGGCUCAGGAUCCUUUUACCCUGGACCACCAGGACCCCCUGGGCAGCCUGGACCUAAAGGAGCAUCAGGUUCUCCUGGACCCCGCGGAUACACGGGUGAACAAGGCCCACCAGGUGUCCCUGGGACCCCAGGAAGGUCAGUAAGCUCCACUAAUUAUGGAGGAAAUGUAAUCCCUGGACCUCCAGGUCCGCCAGGACCUCCUGGAAUACCAGGAUUACCUGGAGUUAAAGGAGACGAUGGACGCCCAGGAAUCCCAGGCAGAGGCUCAGUGUCAGUCACCUCCGGCCCUCCUGGUCCUCCAGGUCCUCCUGGUCCUCCUGGCCAGCCGGGCUCCUUGGCUUCUUCCACUGUGAUCCAGCAGUACAUUUCAGACUACAUGAGUAGAUACAGACUGAGUGGUGUACAGGGCCCCCCAGGUCCACCUGGGCCUCCUGGACCAUCAGGAACCUUCUCUGGGUCUAUGGAGGACAUCUCUGCUCGCAUCAUUGCGUACCUGCGACGCUCAGAUUCAGGCUUCAGCAUCGGAGUCCAGGGACCUCCAGGGCCACCUGGUCCUCCUGGACCUGCCUCUGGAUCCCUGACCGUCAGUGCUCUCAUCGCCAUGCUGCAGAGAGAUGAUGUGAGAAGAUAUCUGUCAGGACCACCAGGGCCACAAGGACCUCCAGGCCCACCGGGGGCCUCAGGAGGACUUUCAGGCACUUACAGGAUAGAGGAGGUAGCCAUGUAUGUCUUCAAUAUAAUGAAUGAGAGGGGGAUCGCCAAAGGUCCGCCAGGUCCACGAGGGCUUCCGGGUCCCCCCGGAGUUCCAGGGUCAAGAAGCACUGGCAGCACCACUGUGGAGGUCGACUACGCUGCGCUGAUGCGAAAUUCAGACUUCCGCUCCUGGAUCUCUUCCGCUGUGCAGCAAGGUCCCCCCGGUCCCCCAGGUAUCCCAGGGCUGCCUGGCUCUCCUGGUCCUCAGGGGCCUCCGGGGGUCUCCACAGCCACCGUCUACGGGUCAGGAGGCCGUGGCUACAGCCUGGAGGACAUCCAGCGUUACAUCCAGAGUUCUGGGUUCCGAGGUCUUCCUGGCCCCCCUGGUCCUCCGGGCCCCCAGGGACCACAGGGACCACCAGGCACUUUCACUGGAUCAGUAUCCUACAGUGGGAACCUCCCUCGGGAGAGCAUCCGUGCCGAAAUUCAGGAGUAUAUAACCAGUGACAGUGUUCGACGUACCAUUGUCGGACCUCCGGGUCCUCAAGGUCCAAAGGGUCAGAAGGGAGAGCGUGGAGAGCCUGGCUACUCCCAGAGCUACAUACAGACCCAGAGCUACCAACAGGGCGACGAUCGCUACGCCUCCCAGCGCAGAGACACCGAUGUCAGCAAGCUAACCGAGAUGCUCGACUACUCCAGCGUCGCCAUGAAAGUCACUGACUACAUCAAGAAUCAAGGCCUGCUGCAGCAGUACGUCGCUGAGGGUCCUUGGAGGACAAACGUCCGAGCAGUCCGGGGACCCCCGGGUCCCCCUGGCCCUCCAGGACCUGCUGGUUACAGCCGGGUGAUCGGGUCCUAUGGCAAUGUCACAGCUGACCUCAUGGACUUCUUCAGGAGAUACGGCACCAUUCCCGGGCCCCCAGGAAUCCCAGGAGAAAAGGGAGACAGAGGGUACCCAGGACCCAAAGGAGACAAGGGUGAUCCAGGACCUCCGGGUUUACCUGGAAUCCCAGCACCCUACACGGUCCAGAUUCCACACAAAGUGCAAAAGAGAGAAGCGGGUGAUAAAGGGAUGGGACGUCAAAAACGUCAUCGGCGUCGAGCCGGCGGCGGCUGAAGGCGGUUCUGCAGGGUGAUGCAAUAUUCCAGUUCAGCUCUACUUUUUUUUUUCCUCUUCCUUUUUUUUUUUAAAUUUUAGUUCUUAAACUGUAAAAAAUAACAACAAAAAAACGCUUUUUAUUGUUUAAUUUCAUGAAAUGGUUGUUUUGGGAAAAUAACUAUGCGUCCGCCUUAAUAAAAAUGCUUCUCAUAGAGGUGUUAGCCUGUGGUUUUCAAAAGGCGCAGACCUUGAUGUUCGCCUUGUGGGUGUAUAAUGUUUACUUUGCCUAGUUAGAAGCUUGCUUUCGCCUUGUCUGCGGCAGCUUUUUCCAAGCAAUAAGUAGCGGUUGCUUUGCACUUCAAAACGCGGGCAUCUGGCGUUUUUACUUUUUAUAUUUGCCGAUAUUUGGGGAUUAUAUGUGUCGAGGACUAUAGAAGUGUUGAAAAGCAUUUAUUACAUGUUUGCCCCGUAAAAAUAUCCAAAACCGUUUAGCCUUAAAGAAACACAAAGCUUUAUGUGAACUUGACUCAGUCUCAGUCAAAGUGGGGGUCAGUUUCCAAAGAGUUCAGAUUUACUUGAAAGGUUGUUUUUUUUUUUUGGGUAUAAAGAAGAUAAAUGUGUUUGUAUGAUUUUAGAGGGAUGGACUCGGACGAUGGUUGAGACGCGACUGAUUUAAUUGUAUAUUUUUGUGUGAGAGCACUGAAUUUGAUAUAUUCUACAUGCCGUCAAGUGUUGGAGAGAAUAAAUUAUAAACGUGGUUGAACCUUUUCCAUUAAAAUAUUUGAUAAGACAAAAAUAAAUCUAUUUUUGGAUUUGGGA